AUGAGUAACGUACGAAAACGAGCAUAUCGACGUGCCAGACGUCGAGCGGAGGUAAACGGUGCCACAUGGUACCGUGGAGAAUGGAGAACAGCGCGAUCACUGGGAACUGAGCUGCGUGGAAAUGUAUCCAAUACUCAGGACAGCAAUGGCAUGGUGAGAUCAAACCAGCGGGCUGCACCGCAUCGACCGCGUAUCCGUACCAUGACAUAUAAUCUGGGUGGUUUGGAUCCUGCCUCGUACGAUGUUUUCUGCGACUGGUUACAGAAACGGCACGAUGUGGACAUUGUUUUCGCACAGGAACUACACUGGGGAUGUGGCAAGCAAGAAGCUAGCUGGCCGAUUGGCACAUGGCAGGCGAUUAUAAGUCCUGACCCUGCGUGCAGAUACAGUGGGGUAGGCAUCUUCAUAUCGUCACGGGUUGCUGCUUCGGCUCAGCUUACAUACAACACGCUGAUACCUGGGCGUCUUCUGCACGCCCGUUGCGUCCUUCCCAAGGUCACCUUGGAUCUGGUUGCGGGUUAUCAGCAUGUUUGGCAGGAGCGACGAAAGGAGACAAUUGCACGACUUCGGCAUGGGUUCUGGAAUAAGCUCAGCGUGCGCACGCAGCUUGAUUUUAUCAUGACUAGGCGUCUUACUGCGGAUCCAGAUGCGCGCCGGGCAUACCCGGUACACCUGGACCUGAUGCCUUGGAGAAGAGGACCCAAGCACAGGCCCGUGGUUGCAAACUUGCUAUGGGUGGCGGGAUGGAAGCGAGCCAAGCCUGCAGGUUCCGGAGGCUGCUCCAUGCGUCAGUUGCGCAGUGCUGCAGCAAGUGAAGGUGCGGAGGCUGAGCGGCUACGUCAGACCAUGCUCUCAGCACUAGUGCGUAUUCGCACGCCGGACGGCAAGCUGCUGGAUCAGAAGCAAGAGUUUCAGGCUAUUUACGAGUACUUCAGUGGGGCUUUCAGCAGGACAACUGUCUACCAGCGCCCCUCCCUGGAAGCACUCAACAUAACUGCCGCGGAGGUGACCUUCGAUCUGCUCAAGCAGAGUGGGAUGCAGGUGAACCCUGAAAAAUCCAAGAUAGUCAUCGCACUGCGGGGAAACCUUGCCGCCCGCUGGCUGCGUAAGCAUGCACAGAAAACUUCGGAGGGAACCUUCAUUGACCUGGGACAGCCACACAGGCCGCUUCGCAUCUUGCAAGUUUCGCAGAUAGUCUAUCUUGGGGUGGUUGCCAGCUACACGGGUUUUGAAAUGCAGACUUUUAGGCACAGACAGAAGGCAGCGGCGCAGAACCGUCAGCGCCUGCUCAAACUCUUGCAUUCAAGCCUGCUGUCCUUGACCCAGCGUGUGCGGCUGUAUCGUGCAUGCGUGGUCAGUUCUUUGCUCUAUGGUCUUCAUGCCGUGGGCCUGACGUUACCAGUGCUGAGAGUGCUGGAUGCCACUGAUGCGCGUGCCAUAAGAGCCAUUGCGAAAUCCCCAGCCCAUCUCUAUCAUGAGUCCACUCAGAAGCUUAGAACCCGACUUGGUAUUCCCUCACCAGUGAGCAUGCUGAUCAAGCUGUUGCGAAAGCGCUGCCUGGCAUUGCACAGUGACACCGAGCGAAGAUGGUUUCAGAUCCAGCUGGAUCAGCUGACUGGGGCCUCGUCACAAGAAAUGCCAUCUCAGGAGGUGAAGCACAAGGAGGAGUAUGCUAGCACGAUGCAGACUACCAAAUCCAUGCAUGUCCGGUAUUACAUGGCAAAAUACCUUCAAUGGCAUCUGCGGAUGCAGCGCUUGCAAAACCAGGGCGCUCCGACGAACAGAUGGUCGAGGUCGAGCAGCAUGGCAGCCCCGAUGGAGACGGAGGCGGAGGAGCGCCAGCGUGCAGCGGUGGCUCAGCAAGAGCUGCUAGCUCUGGGCAUCACUGGUCAGGCUACGGCUUCAGCCCAGGCGGACAAGAAAGCCCAGGAGGAGGACGAUUGGUGGAAGGACGCCAAGGACUGGUCUCAGGACGGAGGACAGAGCCAGAAAUGGAGGAGGCCGGCGUCGAAAGGCCAAGGACGCCAAUCGGACCAAUGGUCUUCCAAGAGGAAAACUCCGGAGAACGACACGGCGACCUCGGGCACGAUCGAUCACCAGACCCAGGUGCUGCUCCAGAUGAUGACCCGGAUGACGCUGCGACACGAUCAGGAAUUGUGUCGACUUCGUCAGGAUACCUCCUUCAUCAUGUUCAGCGAUGUCGGGGACCACGGCUGCUUGCAGAAACUCCGGGAGACUGCGGAGAACUGGCAGGAGCAAUAUGUGCAAGGCCGGGUCACGUGCUCCCUCAAGGUGAUCAUGAUGCUGGCUCUGCUGAAACUCCUGCAGGAAGCUCUGGACAGGGUAUCUCAGGACGACUCCCUGGUGGAGAAGUACAAGAACCUCGGCUGGAUGGUCGACGGAGACAACGCUCUCUCACCGUGCUGGACCUACUUGGAGUGGAAUCCUUCAGAAAAGAAGGAGGUAGUGGCAAAGCAACAGCCACUGAAGCACCCGGAUGUCCUCACCCUGGUGGACCAGUUGAAUCAAGCAGUGCCCCAACCAGGAGUACUGACCGGCUUCAAGAACACCAAGUCCAUGGACACGACCCAGGCCGACGAAGUGGUUCCCUUCAUGAUCAGCAUCGGACUCCGACCGCCCGCAGCAGCCGCACCGCCUUCGCCCGGACCGGGGACAACGACCUCAGCUGGCAAAGCAGCUGGAAACGGCGUUCCAAGCCACGGCCUACUGCGACUGGACGGCGAGGCGACACCAGUAGGUGGCCCAGGUCGGCCACCACUGGCAUCCGUGUCUAGGUCGACACGGCAGGUGCACAGUGGGGACCCCAGACUCCCCAUGGCCAGGCUCCAUAAUCCUGAUAAUAUCUGCUAUGCCAAUGCUUCGCUGCAGGUCCUUUACUGGUCAGGAAUCAUGAUGGCAGAUUCACUGGCCUGUUCGGGGCUGGCUCAGGCGGGUAUGUCGGUGAUUGCCAAUGCCGGGGCACCUUAUCUUCCAGCAUGCCUCUCUUUUCAGGUCUUGUUUCGUGGCUGGCGCAACCUACACAGGCAGCAAGAUGUGGCUGAGUUCAUUACGCAUGUGAUUGCGGCUGCCCAGCCUUCUGCCUUUGAUGGUGUAUGGCAAUCGCGCCUCACCAAUCCGCACACUGUGACUGACACAGGUUACCUUCGCUGCCCACUGAUGCUUCACUUUCCGAGCACAGGCCUGCAAUCGAUGAUUGAUACGUGGCACAGGCAAUAUGCAAGACAAGCUUUGGUUGCUCACUCUCAUCUGGUCAUGCUGCAACUGUGUCGUUAUGCGGGAAGUGCCAAAGACCGGAGUCCACUGCCCGUGCAUGCAGGUGAAUGCGUCCGGCUACCAGUCUUCACUGAGCCAUGCAGUGAUGCGGUGAGAUGGGAGCCUUUUCAUGUCAUGUGGGUUGUCUUUCAUCAGGGGUGUAACGUAUCAGACAAGCAUACUGGAGCUUGGCAGUACCAGGACCCAGGUCGGUCCCACUCUGCUGUGCCCAGGUCGGCACCAGCCCGUAUGGCUACUCGCAUUUCUUUUCCAACUGACAUCUACUAUGAUGCACUGGAAACGUAUCUGCUCACCACCUGCCUGGCAGACAUGUUAGGCUGGCAAGGUAUGGGUGUCCCGCCUGCGGUCAGUGUGGCGGCACGAAACAACAUCUUUGACUAUGCCCAAGCGAUGCUGGAGCCAGCAAACUACAGCAAAUUUGUUGCCUACUCCGAUGCCUUGGCACUUGCGCUGCCAGCUCCACCAUCUGCUGUGAUGCCACCGCCUGACACUCUUCCUGGUGGGGGAUACAGUCGAGCCGAAAACUUGGCGUGGGCUCUGCUUUGUCAGGGUAACUGCUCACUCUGGGAGGCCGUUCGUCAGACAGCAAGCGAUGAUGCAACAUCAAGUCCGGGCACAAAGCUUUCACAUAGGGGUCUGUGCUCGUGGGGCCUUGGUGGGCAUCUGCAAGCCACCCUGGUCCACCGCAACGUCUGUCGGCUCUUGACCUUCUUCAUCAAGCAUCUAUGCCCCGAGCAUCGUUUCACGAGCAUCGCCGUCAACAUCGACUAUGUCACUCCGCCACACAAAGACAGCCAGAAUGGACCCCAGGAGAAUCUGAUCGUCAGCCUCAGCCAACAGCCCAACAGUGGGCUUUGGGUGGAGGACACAGAGGGCUCGGAAUAUCUUGAGCAUCAGGGCGAGCUGCGACGUGGCACUUACCACUCGCUCAUGGAUCAUGCGCUCCUUUUUCCUGCACAUCUCUGCCUACAUGCGGGAAGAGACGAAUCAGAUAGAGCCCGGAGGUUCAAUCGCUUCACUCUGGUGGGCUACACUGUUCGAAAUUGGCAGACUCUCAGGCAGCCGGCACGUGAUACCCUUACCGCGCUUGGCUUCGAUCUGCCGACUGGGACCACGCCCUUGAGCGCUGCUCAGGUAAAGUCGCCAUUGCCCACGGUUCUGUGCUGA